AUGGCUUCGAGCAUCGAGUCUCCGACGGCUAGUGUUACAGUGUCAAGUCCAAAAUCCACAGAGCCACUUGGCACAAGUUCAGCGAUACCAACUGCACCUGAUCAUUCUACAGUACACGAUGGAAGCUCAAGCACGACAAAGGGAUUGAUAUAUCCGUUGGAACCUGAUGAAAGUUCCAGUGGUACUAUGGAUAUGACCACUCCAACGUCAACUACUGAUUUGGCAACAUCAAGUUCCACCAGUGUCUUCAAUACUACUGCAAGGUCAAGUUCCUUGCCUGGUUCCACUUCCACAAUGUCAGUGACUACCUCAAUAGCAUCAACGUCCCCGGAAACUACAUCAAGCACUGUCACUGGAACAUCAGAGGGUACGACAUUCAUUACUGAUUCUACCACUGGUUUCGUGCCUCUAGUUUUCACGAAUUGGCCACGUGGUUCCACGAUUGUUACUUCAACUUCCAGUACUUCCACAAGACCAGUGACUCCGUCUACCGCAUUCGAUUCGUCUACAACAUCAGAAACUUCCGUAGCAACGUCAGAGGGUACUACAUCCAUCACUGAAUCUACCACUGAUUUGAUGCCUCCAGUUUUUACGAAUUGGCCACCUGAUUCCACGAUCAUUACUUCAACUUCCAGUACUUCCACAAGACCAGGGACUUCGUCUACCGCAACCGAUUCCCCUACAAUGGACGAUACAUCAAAAACUUCCACAGUAACGUCAGAGGGCACUACAUUGUCCAUUGAAAGUACCGAAUCCUCAGCUUCGCCUUCUGAUUUUACGACUCCAGAUUUUAUAGGCUUCACAUCAAGUGUCUCCAGGACCUCUGAACAAUAUUCCUCGAGUUCCCCGUCUUCUGAUACUACAACGAUGGAUGUCACCUCUACAGUGUCGACAACUACUUCGAGCACUUUCAUUGCAAAACCUCAGGCUACAACGGCGAGUACCGAGAAUCCAGAGUCCGCAGCUCCCUUGGAUGCUUCCACUCUGGAUUCUUCCACAAUAGCGUAUUCUAGUACUACUCCAAUUAUUGCAAGGUCUUCGGAAGCAUCUUCAACUGAUACAAGAUCCACGACAUCAACAAUUUUCACUUCUUCGGAGAUUCGACCGACUUCUAGCAUCACUAUAUUGGGCGUUGAGUCGACUACAGCUUCAUCAACUGGAUCCACAACGUCCGAGUCAACCACCAGCUCCACAGAACCUCCAACAACACAGGAAGGUAAUACUAUUGAUCGUAGUUUAAUGAUAAUUUUUUUUUUUUCAAUUUCCGAAUCCAACACGACCACUACAUUGUCGAGUACUACUCCGUUUACAACAUCAUCCACCGAGUCGUUCACCAGAGGAGGUUUCAUUCCACCGAUCCCCGUGCCGAAUCCUAUACCGAAACCAAACCCAGGACCAGGACCAGGACCACCAUCGCCAAAUGGACCAUCAGAUCCAAAUAAGCCAAGUCCGAAUGGACCAAGUCCAAAUGGACCAAAUGGACCAUCAGAUCCAAAUAAGCCAGGACCAAGUGGACCAAAUGGGCCAUCAGAUCCAAAUAAGCCAAGUCCAAAUGGACCAUCAGAUCCAGUUAAGCCAAGUCCAAGUGGACCAAGUCCAAAUGGACCAAGUCCAAAUGGGCCAAGUCCAAAUGGGCCAAGUCCCAAUGGACCAAGUCCAAAUGGGCCAACUCCAAAUUGGCCAAGUCCAAAUGGGCCAAGUCCAAAUGGACCAAAUGGACCAUCAGAUCCAAACAAGCCAGGACCAAAUGGACCAAAUGGGCCAUCAGAUCCGAAUAAGCCAGGACCAAAUGGACCAAAUGAGCCAUCAGAUCCGAAUAAGCCAGGACCAAAUGGACCAAAUGGACCGUCAGAUCCAAAUAAGCCAGGACCAAAUGGACCAAAUGAGCCAUCAGAUCCAAAUAAGCCAGGACCAAAUGGACCAAAUGGGCCAUCAGAUCCGAAUAAGCCAGGACCAAAUGGACCAAAUGAGCCAUCAGAUCCGAAUAAGCCAGGACCAAAUGGACCAAAUGGACCGUCAGAUCCAAAUAAGCCAGGACCAAAUGGACCAAAUGGACCAUCAGAUCCGAAUAAGCCAGGACCAAAUGGACCAAAUGAGUCAUCAGAUCCGAAUAAGCCAGGACCAAAUGGACCAAAUGAGCCAUCAGAUCCAAAUAAGCCAGGACCAAAUGGACCAAAUGGACCAUCAGAUCCGAAUAAGCCAGGACCAAAUGGACCAAAUGAGCCAUCAGAUCCAAAUAAGCCAGGACCAAAUGGAUCAAAUGGACCAUCAGAUCCAAAUAAGCCAGGACCAAAUGGACCAAAUGGACCAUCAGAUCCGAAUAAGCCAGGACCAAAUGGACCAAAUGAGCCAUCAGAUCCAAAUAGGCCAGGACCAAAUGGACCAAAUGGACCGUUAGAUCCAAAUAAGCCAGGACCAAAUGGACCAAAUGGACCAUCAGAUCCGAAUAAGCCAGGACCAAAUGGACCAAAUGGACCAUCAGAUCCAAAUAAGCCAGGACCAAAUGGACCAAAUGAGCCAUCAGAUCCAAAUAAGCCAGGACCAAAUGGACCAAAUGGACCAUCAGAUCCAAAUAAGCCAGGACCAAAUGGACCAAAUGGGCCAUCAGAUCCGAAUAAGCCAGGACCAAAUGGACCAAAUGAGCCAUCAGAUCCGAAUAAGCCAGGACCAAAUGGACCAAAUGGAUCGUCAGAUCCGAAUAAGCCAGGACCAAAUGGACCAUCAAAUCCAAGUGUACCUGAGUCGUCAACAGGAGGAGGCCCGAGCCCGGGACCAAGUCCAAAUGAACCAUCAAAUCCAAGUAUACUUGGGCCGUCAACAGGAGGAGACCCGAGCCCGGGACCAAGUCCAAAUGAACCAUCAAAUCCAAGUAUACUUGGGCCGUCAACAGGAGGAGACCCGAGCCCGGGACCAAGUCCAAAUGGACCAUCAAAUCCAAGUGUACCUGAGUCGUCAACAGGAGGAGGCCCGAGCCCGGGACCAGCUCCAGAUCCAGGAACUAGUGAUCCAAACAAGGAUCCUGAGAAGAAAAGCACCAAGAAAAAUAGAAAAACUACAACUUCUACAUCCACAUCCACUUCUACCACAGAAUCCACGACUACUGAUACGACCACCACGGAGCCAGGCAUCAUGUUCGAUCCAUACACUAUUGGCCAACUCUUAGGAUAUAUUUACGAGACCGAAGAAUUUGGAGCCAAACGUCCAGAGGAUGGGUAUACAAUUGAAUUGAUGAAGCAUCCAAUACUGGAGAGAAUUUACCCAGCGAAUACGAAAACUCGACGUGCUACAUUGAUUUUCAGGAAGAAGCCGGAUACAAAUUGA